AUGGAUGAAAUGGAAAAGGAGGAUAUGUCGGAUGAAGUUAUUGAUAGUAAUCAAACAAUACUUGCUGAGGGUAUAUUCGCAGCGCCAAAACUUACACCAACUGGUAAAAUUAGUCACGCGAAAACACGCGUGUAUACACAGAGAUACAGAAAAGAGUGGGAACAAAUGCCAGAUUUCAAAGGAUGGUUGACAUCAGUGGCUGCACAACCAACUCGUGCCUACUGCAUCUACUGCAAGAAAAAUCUUCACGCCCAUCGUCUUUCCCUUCUGAAGCACACAUGCACGAUGAAGCAUCAACGAGCAGCACUCCUGGCCCAAAGUGAGGACCCAAAAAAAUCGGACCUCGAAGAAUCGGAUAAAGUCCUUGAGACCGACGUGGGGUUCGAGGAGGUGACAGUAGUGGGAUCAAUAAAAAAUCUGAUACACGAGGACGAGGACGAAGUCGAGGAGUAUGUCGUUGAGAGUCUAGAAGUUGAAGACGAGGAAGAGGAGGAGACAAAUGACUCGAAUGACAUGCAAACGAAUCAGGAAGACGAGAUGGAGAACGCGAGAUUGUCGUCUGGAGAUGAAGAGGACAAGAGUCCAGCGAAGAAAAUAAAACUGGAACACUAUCCACGAAGGGAUGCACUUGCUGAGGCAAUGAUACAUGUCCAUGGGGAUUAUCUAGAUCAGAAUGAUGAUGGCACUGUGGGACUGGACAUGGAAGUCGAGAGUGAAACAACUAUUCUGCCUGAUAGAGAGGACGAAGAGGCCUCCGAUGGUGAAGAUAAAGCCGCAAAAUCAAAGAUAAAACAUCUGCAGAUUGAAGAUACCUCAGUUUCAGAGACAUCUCAGAAGUCGAAAAUCGUUGCCUAUAAAAUAAAUAGUGCUGAUCUCAGUGAGCUGAAUCUCCAGGGAGGUAACACUGUCACAAUUUCCACGAAUAACAACAAAACAUUGACACUCAAUACUGGGAAGACAGUGACUCUGAAUGCAUCUAAAAUCGGUAAUUCCACUCAAUUUGUACUGAGUAAAGUCAAGGGGAAUUUACCAGCGCUGGUUAUGGCAGGAUCCAAGAGUGUCAAUCAUAGACAAUUAGCUCCCAAGUGUGGAGUGCAAACUUCUCCUUCGAAUUCGGUACUGGCUGUGGCUAGCACCAGUGCAAAUAUCGGUCAGGAGGUGCUAAAACAGCAGGAGAUACAGAAACAGAAUGACGUAGUGAAAAAUCCUUGCAUUUCAACCCACGUGAUGGAUACGAGCAAAGGAACACCUGUUGCUGGAUUGCAAGUCAGUUUGUACAAACUUAUGGAUGGAAGGUGGACGUUUUUGAAUGAAAGUACUACCAGUGGAAGUGGUCGAUGUACAGACCUCGUAAAUACAGGAAAAACCGCAUUCACUGCUGGUCGUUAUAAAAUGCAUUUCGAUGUGGACAAGUACUUUACUCUGAGAAGAAUAGAAACGCUGUAUCCAUUCAUCGAAAUUGUUUUCGACGUUAAAAAUCCCACUGGAAAUUACCACAUACCUGUCCUGCUGAGUCCGUACGGCUACACAACAUACCGAGGCAGUGACAGAUGAUGUGAAUGCAUCAGUGAACUCAUUCUGCCCGAUUGACUCAGAACAUCUGAAUAUCAAAGACGUUUAAUACAUGAUGAGAUAUUUUCUCCCAGUGGCCUUUCGGAUUUUCUAAAGAUAUCAUGCGUAGAAAUAAGAUCAUACGAUUUCAGUUCGAUAAAGAAUAUUUUUGUAAUGUAAAAAUCAGAGUUGGAUACGCUAUGAAAUUAUUUUUAUAGUAUCACCUGUCCAUAAUUUUUGUUUUAGUUGUAU